UAGGGAACAAAAGUUCCAAAUUUCGGUGCAAAAGAACUUGGGAAGCCGUUCAAUUCAUGAUGCACAUUCCACAUGUAUGAAAUGUACUUGACAUAAAUGCUGUGGAAGAUUACACCAAUCGCUGCAGCACAGACUCAUCGCAAUGGACGGCCCGGCGUCGACCUCGAGCGUCACUGUGGAAUACUAUGAUCCCUCCAAUGUGUUCCAGCUUCUAUCGCCUGGGUUGCUCUCACGUCUUCCCCUUCAAAACUUACACUGGAAAUCUUCCACACGCCCGUUACGAUCGAUUGCUUCGUUACAUGUCGACCUCGUUCCCUCUGAAGAGAAUCUACACACUCUUCCACUGCAUUUACCUUCGUCGAGUCCCCAAUUAACUUCGGCCACUGAGAAGCCGCUUUCUUCAACGCCGAACGAAGGGGAAGGUUUACAUCGCACGCAUUCGGAGGGUCAAGGACAAUGGCAAACCGUCAAGACUGAAGGCGGGCACACGCAACCCAAGGGGUUUACCAGGGAUCGGAGGCACCAAAUACCUGGUCUGCGGAAGACACCCUAUCUGAAGGUCUUCUUCCUACGAUGCGAUGACAAUGAAACGUACAAAGCAUCGUCGCGGAAGCUAUUGCGGGAAUGGCUGACAGAUCAUACCUCGUCUUCCCAAACCGGCGCACCGUCAAACACCCAAGAGAACCACGACGCCUUUGAGUGGCUUAUAGUUCAUGUGGUACUCCCGGACACUCCAGCUGCUUCGCAGCCGGGACCUGGUGCAUCUGCAUCGGGGGCAAGUAGCGGCACGGAAAAGUCAUCCAGCGGUUCCCGCUGGCCGGGCCGGGGUUCAUCGUCGAUAUUGGAAAAGAUCCGAGCUGACUUCAAUGGCACCUCCAAAUCUUCCAAGGACCGGGUAGCUCAGAUUCGGAUCCCAAAGUGCGACUUGCCUCCGCAUCUACUAGCCAGGUCUUCCCCCCAGCCACCAUCCCCUUAUGAGAGCGCCCAGGAUCUCGAGAAGGCUUGGGCUGAUAUGAUGGCCAAGUUCCGAUCGCUUAUCCUGACUUCUUUUGACUUGCGUGUCAGCCAAUAUGAGGAAGAUAUUCGAGAGAAGGAUUCGCAACGGGGGCUUCCGGGCUGGAAUUUUUGCACGUUCUUUUUGCUCAAGGAAGGAUUGCUUCGAGGGUUUGAGAGUGUAGGCUUGGUAGAGGAUGCUCUGCUGGGAUACGAUGAGCUGUCAAUUGGGCUGGACGUGAUGAUUCGGGAACAGGCGGCCCAAACCGAUGCCAAUCAUCGAAGCACUUUCCUCCCCUUUACGCAAGACUUGCGUGAACGCUUGACUAGUAUCCUCGACAGUCCUUCCAGAGAGCUACAGCAACAGAGUGAACACACCGAGGUUGACGGGCCUGAAAAUGAUGCAGCUUCCCUUCUUGACAGGAAGAAUUACCGUGAUCUUAUCCUGUCGAGUACGGUCUCCGUUUUCGAUUUCCGCUGUUAUAUUUUUGCAAGGCAGAUGGAGUUAUUACUUCGACUGGGCACCACAUUUCCAUCAAGAUCGACCCUUUUAUCCAGAGUACGCACUCAUCCGGCUGCUUCUCAGAGUGAAUACAGCUUCCACGAGGAUCCUCGCCAUACCAGCAGCUCGGCAGGCAAAGACGCCACAGAGGAUCUAAUGACGCUCGCUGACAUUUGCCAUCGGGCUGUAGACUUUAUCACAUCUGCAUCACGAUUGAUGAAGGCUGAUUUGUGGGAGGGCUAUAUGAAUGGCAUUCGGCUGUCUACCGCGGAUGUAUCUUCAGAUCCUGAAAGAGAAAAGAGUCCGGUUGAAGGCGCCGUUAGCGAAGUGAUUGAAAACCUUGUUUUGUCAUGGACUUUUUCUGCAAGUCAGCAUGUUUUGGCCCGGACGUUGACUCGGACUCUCUCGGGUCGUCUUGAAGAAUUGAAUGAAGCUGGCCUGCCUGCGGAUGAUUCGGCUUCGGUGGACACUCAAGCACAGUCCGUUAGUUCCCGGGCAUCAAUUACUCCAUCGGCAAAGAUUGACAAAUCACCUUGGGCAGAGGCAGCGUCCGCCAAUGCAAAGGCCAGCCUUGAAGCAAUUACAGCAAGCAGGGCAGAUUUAAUCUUGUUGAAGCGCGGCGUUGUCGAGAAGUUGGCAAAUAAGCGGCACUGGCCAGUUGGCUGGGACUCCGUCGAAGUAGGGGAAAAUGAGAGCUCCUUGACCGGCAUGGACAAUGUAAAUCUCGACGACAUUGCUGAAAAAGGGGUGGAUGAACAAUCAGACGAGAAAGAUAAAACGGAGCUUCCAGAGCCCAGUGCCUCUGGACUGUCUGAUUCGGAGCUCAAAACAGCGGUCGCUUCUGAAAUACAGCUCUGUGAACUGCACGGGGAUUUGACGGAAGCUGCGUUGGCCCAUUUUCGUGUUGCUAACCGUAGCAACUCUGUCGAGAAGCUACUUGCCGACAUGGCUGCUUUCAAGUUCUCUCUUCGAGAUUACGAAAGUUGUGCUGCGUGUCUUAAAAAUCUAUCAACAUCGUAUGCAGAAAAGAAUUGGACAUCUUUGGAGAUGGCCGUACUCAAAAUGCAGGCCAAAUGUCUCCUCGAAGUUGGUCAGAUUGAGGGUUACGCUAAAGCAGUACUCAAGUUUCUUGCCAAGGUCAUUGCGACGAGGCAAAUUGGAUCAAUCGGUUUUGGUGGACAGGCUCUACAAUCUCAAUCUGAUGAAAUGUGCGGCAGGAAUGAAGCUGCAGGAGCAGCGUUUCUAGACGGCCAUGGUUGCAUGAUCGAAUUAAUCAAGCAUACUCCGUCAUUAACGUCGCCAGUCGCCGUUCCUAUCGACCAGUUCUUUGAAGCAAUAAGCGUUGACAACUACCUGCAACACUUUGACGACAGGGAUGGGUUCCAGGUUCAGCUUCGAUUACGAUAUCUGUUGGACGACUCUUUGGCGGCGCAAAAGGUCAAGGUACGAAUAGUGGACAAUUCGUUGUCCCAGCCGCGAGAGAUUUGGCUACAAAAUGAUCGAGACGUGACCUUUGUCCGCGGCAUGAACAAGCUCAUGGUCGGCGCUAAUGUCUCUUGCCCGGGCUACUUUACCGUUGACCGGAUCAUCGUGGAUGCAUAUAAUAUUCAUUUUGUCUAUGAGCGCCGAAAAGAACCGGUCAUGCCAACUAGACUUUUGCGCCAGUCGGAUUCUCACACAAGCGCUCCCAAAUCUAAAGAGGCCCGCAUUCUAUGCUACGCCAAGUCCAAUGCUCUUGAAGCGAACAUCUUUUUUUCACGGUCGAUUCAUCUUAGCCGGAGCAAGUCUGUCGACAUUGAAAUAUCAAGUGGCUGGAACCAAGUUGUAUCAGGGCAAAUCCGCAUUCGUUCCGCAUCUGCCGGACUUAGGCUACACACAGCCGAGGCUACGGUUACCAACGGGUCACUAAUUCUCAAGGAUAAGCCCAAGGCAGGAGUAAUCAAUUUUGGUGAACUGUCUAGAGGUACUCACACGGCCAUCAAGAUCCCCUACGGGCUGGAGACUGAUCCGAUAGAGCUGUCUUUCAAGCUGGAAAUCUCCUACGUGACCGAAAAGGGGGAAUUUCUCUUCAUAUCGAACCCUACGAUACCAAUUGCACUCCCUCUUGGGGUAAACGUGCAAGACAUUUUCAAAGAAGAGUCGUUAUUCUCUCGAUUCACAAUAAAUGCAGCCGGCGCCGUGCCUCUGCGCGUCCUAGGCUCUGAGCUCAAGUCAUCUCCGUUGUACGAAGUUACCAGCGAAUGUUCCAUGUUGUCACCAGUCUUGGUGUUUCCCAAGCAGAGCAUGUCUCUAAUCUAUCGGAUUGCGCCGCGCAAAAUCGACCCAAAGGUACCUGGACAGGAAAAGGCGUCCAAGAUGCCUCUUGCUCUUGAUAUCAGCUAUCGUUGUCUUGACGAGGAUGUGUUCCAUGCGGUGGAAAUUAACUUUCUUGCUGCGCUUAGAGAUAGCGCGUUUAAUAAAUACUCUCGACUAUUAUUGCCAAGGCUCCUCGCGCACACCAAGCAGAUGCUGACUCCGCAGAUGCUUGAGCUUAUUGGCCUUACUGGAGAAUUGGAGCUCGGAGGGUUUGACGAAAGUGGGUGGAAUGACAUCAUUCAGGCCUUGCACAUCUCAGACCGAGAAGGUCUUGAUCAGUGGCUUAAGGAUUGGUACAAGACAAACCCUACGAUAUCCUUGUCAACGCUAGACGACCCUUCUAUCGAGCAGACUAGCAAACUCCCUAUCCAUGCCAUUGCAAUUCCUGUCGAAGUCCCUCAAAUCCAAGUCGUACAUACCGCCGAGCUCUCCAUUCUAAGUCCUGAUGUUCCAUCCUCCAACGGCAUCGAUGUGACCGUCUCCAUAGGCGACGUCUUACCUGCGGAUAUCCGCAUUAGGCACUCUCGCAUAUGGGACGUCGACCGAGCACUUGCCGGAAAGGGCGGAUCCGCAAUGGGAGACAGGCCUCUGACGUUUGUGUAUGAGGUCCAUGCAAAUGCCGAUCACUGGCUUGUGGGUGGACAGCGCCAGGCACAUUAUUCCGCAAGAGAAAACGAAGCAAAAGUCUUCAAUCUCGUCCUCAUUCCCCUCCGCGCAGGUCAUCUCCUACUACCUACCAUUGAAAUAAAGCACGUCAAACCACAUGUGCCUACUGCCCAGGGCGCCGCCCCAGGAUCUCUUGAUGCUAUCCCCGGCGGACAUGCCGCUGUCAACCCCGGUGGCGGUGUAUACAAUCCCAGUAGAGCCAGCUGGAUACACAACACCAGCACUGCAUCUUUCCAAUCCUCCCGACGUCCUUCUUCGUCUUCUACCUCGUCGACGUAUCCCCAUCACGGUGCCUCCCUCCCCGGUCAAGCUCCUGCACCCGGAACAGGACUAGGCAUCGACUUUCCACCAUCUAAUCCGAUGCUGGACGCCCGACGACGAAGCUCUGCCGCCUCGGUCCAGGGUGAUGCCAAUGCCCUCAACGUCACUUGCGAAACGGACUACAAGUCCCUCGGCCAAACAGUACUCGUCCUGCCAGACAUGCAGACCACGACUGUCAGUCUCGAUCCCGCUCGGCCAGGCAGCGGCGCGUGGUUGAUGCAAGGCGAUAGAAGACUCGUUGCGGGUACUGCGGGGGAUGCAUAGUCAGUCUUGCUACUAUCGUCUCUGUGCAUGCAGUCUCAUACGUUGCAUGGUUCGUAUUUUAAUCUGUUCAGCCGUGCAUGAAUAUUUGGUUACUCGUCCAUUCUGCUCUCCAUUUUACUCGUCUAUUGUACUCGUCUAUUGUAUUCGUCCAUUGUAAUAUCGCAAUUCGAUCUUACACAUAUAUGUAUUGACUUUUGACAUUGCAUGGGAUGCUGGGAGUUUUAUAUUCUGGAUCAUUUGGGAGGUGGUCG